ACUUGGCUUAAACCCUCCUAUCCCUCUCUCUCUUUCCCUCUCACAGAAAAACAAACCAAAAUAGUGUUUCAAAUUUAUCUCCCAUUUUGAUUCUAAAAACAUUUUCUUCUUCUUCUUCUUCAUGAAGCUUCCUCGAAUCGCUACUACGAUACUAAACUUGGGCACUCGUUUCGGUCUCCGAAGCUCACAGCCACAGGGGCAGGGCGUUUCGCUCUACUACUCAACCGCGCCAACCCCAAGAAAACCCUGGAACUCACUGAGCCGUCUCUACCGUCGGAUUUCGCCGCUCGGAGAUCCAAAGGUCUCGAUCGUCCCCAUUCUCGACCAAUGGAUCAGCGAAGGCCAAACCGUCAGCAAACCACCCCUACUUGACAUUAUCAAGGAGCUCCGACGCUUCAAACGAUAUACGCACGCUCUCGAGGUAUCCGUGUGGAUGACUGAUAAAAGGUACUUUGAUGUUUCAUUCCGUGAUGUUGCCAUCCGUCUGGACUUGAUUGGAAAAGUUCAUGGGAUAGAAGAAGCUGAGAAAUAUUUUAAUAACAUUCCCAUAAAAUUAAGAGGUAUUGAGGUUUAUAGUGCUCUUCUCAACUGUUACGCUUAUGUCCAUGUGAAGGAUGUGGAGAAAGCAGAGGCCGUUAUGCAGAAGAUUAGGGAUUUGGGGUUGGAUAGGACACCAUUGGCUUUCAAUGUUUUGCUUAAUCUCUAUUAUCAGACUGGAAAUCAUGAGAAGCUGGACGCUCUUAUUCAUGAAAUGGAAGAAAAGGGCAUCAAAUUUGAUUCAUUUACAUAUGGUAUCAGGCUCAGCGCAUAUGCAGCCACUUCUGAUGUUGAGGGAAUUGACAAGGUUCUCCAACAGAUGGAGUCCAAUCCUGAAAACGUUUUGAAUUGGACAAUUUAUGCUGUUGCAGCAAGUGGGUACAAAAAAGCCGGGAUUGAGGAAAAGGCUUUGGAAAUGCUUAAGAAAGCAGAGGGGUUGGUAAAUUCCACAAGGAGGAGUAAAGCAUUUGAAUUCCUUCUCACUCAAUAUGCAUCAAUAGGCAAGAAAGAUGAAGUGAUAAGACUUUGGGAGUUAUACAAGAAGAAGGAGAAGAUAUAUAAUAGGGGCUAUAUUUCUGUCCUAACCUCACUGUUAAAGCUUGAUGACAUUGAAAGUGCUGAAGAGAUUUUUGAGGACUGGGAAGCCAGAGAGUUAACUUAUGAUAUCCGGAUUCCUAACUUUCUAAUUGGUUAUUAUUGCAGAAAAGGUCUUUUGGAGAAGGCUGAAACUCUUGUGAAUCGGGUAAUACUGAAAGGGAAAAAGCCUGAUGCAAAGUCUCAUAAUCAUCUGGCCACUGGGUAUAUUCUGAUUAAUCAACUGGAAAAAGCAGUAGAAGCAAUGAAUGAGGCAAUUUCAGCCUGUAGACCUCAGUGGAAGCCAAGACAGGAAAAUUUUGCUGCCUGUUUGGAGUACUUGAAAGGGAAAGGAGAUGUGGAGGGAGCAGUGGAAUUCCUUGAAUUGCUCAGGAAUAAGGAUAUUAUCUCUGUGGAUGCUCAUGAUAGAUUGUUGAAAUAUAUCAAUGACAGCGAAUCAAGCUCGCAUGCUCUCAAUGUGUUGGAAGAGGGUGGUGUUGCUGAAAAUGGAAAAACAACUGAAUUUUUAGAGCCCGAGGAGGACAGCUUCAAUUAUAAACCAAGUAGUAGCAACUUCGAUACAGAUUCGGAGAAUUUUUGAAAAUUUUGGAGAUACUUAUUCCCAAACUGAUGUAUGGAAUAUUAUUUAUGUUUUACUCAUGUUAUUUUUCUAGGAAGAAUUUGGAGGUUAGAAUGAAGGCAUUUUUCUUGAUUGAGAAAUUUAUGUUGGAAUGAAAAUUGAGUAUUUUUUUCUUCCUA